UUUACUCGACUAAUGCCGCGAAACCCUAAAACCCGAAGGUCGCUUGCCGUGCCGACGAAUUCGCCGGAGCCAUACCCAGACCUUCCCUUCCCCACUGCGGAACAAUGCCGGUCAGUGCGGGACGACCUCCUUGCUUUCCACGGCUUUCCGAAAGAGUUCGAACGCUACCGUCGAAGGGUUCCAACCGCCGAUGAACCCGCGCUCUUCUCCGACGAAAGCGUUCUCGACGGCCUCGUGAGCAUUCUUCUCUCACAGAACACCACCGACGUCAACUCUCGGCGGGCCUUCGCUUCCCUUAAGUCCGCUUUCCCCACUUGGGAAGAGGUUCUUAAUGCGGAGACGAGGAGCGUGGAGAAUGCGAUUCGGUGCGGAGGGUUGGCAGCCAUUAAAGCGGCUCGUAUUAAGAGCAUUAUGAGGGGCGUGAAGGAGAGAAGAGGAGAGAUUUGUCUGGAGUAUUUGAGGGGAUGGUCGGUUGCAGAUGUGAAGGCUGAGCUUUCAGUGUUCAAGGGGAUUGGCCCAAAGACGGUAGCGUUUUCCUUUUAUUUUACUGUGAUUUCUGGCUUUUAGGUGUUUCUUGGCAACAAGUAGGAAUUGGAAAUCAUAGAUAUCAAGAAUUAGUAAAAUUGAGAGGAUUUAAGAU